CAAAUAGUGAAAGAGAGAAAGAGAUUGCUGCAGGGACACAUACGAUAAGAUCAUCGCAAGUAUUCCCUCAAAGCAAUUUUCAAGGAUUAUCAGCUUUCCUGCCAUCACUCCCUGUCUCCACUGGUGACAGUGCCUAAUAACCAUCGCCAUGGGUGAAAUGGAGCAAUUGCGAAAGGAGGCGGACAGUCUCAAAGACCAGAUUUCUGCAGCUCGUAAGGCGGUGCAGGACACCACGCUGCAAGAAGCAGUAGCCUCAAUCAAUGUGGUGGGGCGUGUUCAGCUGAAGACCAGGAAAACACUACGGGGUCACCUUGCCAAGAUCUACGCCAUGCACUGGGGCACUGACUCCACGCUGUGUGUCAGUGCCUCACAAGAUGGAAAACUCAUAGUGUGGGACAGCAUUACAACCAACAAGGUGAAUGCCAUCCCUCUCAAGUCAUCAUGGGUGAUGACUUGCGCCUACGCACCCUCGGGGAACCUAGUGGCUUGUGGCGGUCUGGAUAACAUGUGCUCCAUCUACAACCUCAAGGGCAAGGACGGGAAUGUGAAGGUCAUGCGGGAGCUGGCGGCACACACAGGUUACCUGUCCUGCUGUCGUUUCCUCAGUGACAGUGAGAUCAUCACCAGCUCUGGAGACUGCACCUGCAUACUAUGGGACGUUGAGACAGGGACCCAAAAGAUCGUCUUUGCAGGACAUCAGGGAGACUGCAUGUCCCUGGCCGUGUCCCCAGACUUCAAGUUUUUCAUCUCGGGGGCAUGUGACUUCACGGCCAAACUGUGGGACAUUAGGGAGGCCCAAUGCAGACAGACCUUUGGAGGCCAUGAGAGUGACAUCAACGCAAUUGGGUUCUUCCCUAACGGUAACGCAGUGAUAACAGGGUCGGAUGACGCCACCUGUAAGCUGUACGACCUGCGAGCCGACCAGGAGCUCAUCACCUACCAGGACUCCGGCAUCAUGUGCGGGGUGACCUCCCUGGCCCCCUCUCUGUCUGGACGCCUGUUGCUGGCUGGGUAUGACGACUUCAACGUCAACAUCUGGGACACACUUAAAUCUGAGAGAGUGGGAGUGCUUGCCGGUCACGACAACAGAGUGAGCUGUAUCGGAGUGUCCUCAGACGGCAUGGCGUGUUGCACAGGAUCCUGGGACAGCUUCCUCAAGAUAUGGAACUGAGGCUGUUCCUUGCCAGCGAGCAGAAAGAGAGCAUCUGCCUGGGCGAAGGUGAAGAAGAUAAAAAAAAAAAGAAAUUGGAGUUUGAGGGAGGGGAUGAGGGACGAGGAGCCUCAUAGGGUGAGAAGUGGGUAUUUUAAUCGUGCCAAGUCCUAUCUUAUGUUGGAGAGGGGUUGUAAUGUGAAGAUUUUUCUCCUCUCACGUCGCGCUCUCACCUUUCUUCUCACGUUAUGGGGGAAUUUAGGGGUUGGGACAAGGGGUGGGGGUCUCGGUAAAAGAUCAUUCCUCUUAAAAUUAAAAUAACGGUAUGCACAUUUAUCACAGCAAUUCAGAGGUCACCCAAUGAGAACAGUUGCCAAAUGGAAAUGGUAGCACACUGGAUGAGAUAGACGAGAUAAGUUCACACUAGCUAUACAAAUAUGCUGUGUUUUAUAUCAAAGCAUAAGUUAUGUCAUGAGUAAUAUGAGCAUUUGCGUUUUUUUGUUUGUUUCAGAUUGUUUUUUGUUCUUAGUUUUGGUAGAUUCCCUAGAUGCUUACAUUUACUUUUUCUUUUUCUAUCUUUAAUUAAAAUGGAGUUUAGUUUGCAGGUGUCUUCAUUAGUGUUUGAGUUGUUUUGUAUGUAAUUGAUGGACAAUAUUUGGAUUUGGGGUCUCAACAUUUGGCCUAACCCCCCUCUAACUGUAGCUAGACCUGAAAAGUGCUUUGGGUAAACUGUUGAACUGACAGAUGGGAUUCUAAAAAGGUUUUCAUGGUUCACUAAGCACUUACACACAAAAAAGGAUGACCCCAUUUGUCUCAGGACAGGAGGACUUUUUGUACAAGUGUUACACGGAUGAUAACGGCUAUUGUGUGCAUAUGAGCAAUACAUCUGAUCUGUAUGUGACUGCCUACUUUUCCUCCUGCGUGGUACAAGAUAAACUUUAAGGACAGUUUGUGUACAUACAGAAAAAAAAAAAGUCUAAGUUCUCACUAGAUGUUGGACUGCCUCUUUUCCAAUACUGGA